AUGAGCAACGGGCGCAAGUCAGUGCGGCGCAAGACGCUGGUCGGCCUCGUUUCGCAGCAGAUCGAGGAUGAGGACUGCAAGCUGGCUUUCGACAAGCUGAGCAACACACAGAAGGACAAGUUUGCAGAGAAGCAGAUGCAGAACUUAGACCUCGUCUCUCGCAUGAUCAAAGUUUGUGGCUGUGUCUUCGUGCUUAUGUUCGGCACCACUUGGAUGGCCAGUCAGCUCGUUUCCUCCAGUAGCCACCUGUCUGACCUGGUCCUUGGGUUCCUUGGGGUCUUCAGCCUGAGCUUCUGCCUCUUCGUGGCCGUGGCUUUCCAGCGCUUGAAGACGGCAGCGAGCCGAGAGCGCCUGCCGACGAGCGCCUUGAAGCGUCAGCGCCUUGCGUCAGCGUUGCUGGGUCCCGCUUAA